AUGACCGUCCCCAGCUCAGAGGACACACACGUUCUUAUCAUCGGCGCAGGUAUCACAGGCCUUAUCCUCGCACAAUCUCUCAAGAAGGCCGGCAUCCGCUACUCCAUCUUCGAAAAGGAAGUGUCUAUGAACUAUCGCAGCAAUGAAUGGACGAUGGCUAUUCACUGGUCUCUCGACCGUCUGCGCGACCUCCUCCCCGCCGACCGUUUUGCGCACAUGGAAUCCGUCUCGUGCAACCCAGACGUUGCCCUGAACGCGGGCGGAAACUAUCCCAUCAUCCACGGAGAAACUGGUCACUUGAUUGCCGGUGUGCCGUAUGCCAAAGGACUGCGGGUUCCGCGCAGUAAGAUGCGGGAUCUGUGUAGCAAGGGGAUUGACGUCCAGUAUGGAAAGAAUCUGAUCGAUGUGGCGUUCACUGAAAGCCAUAAAGGAGUAGUUGCAUUGUUUGAUGAUGGUUCCAUGGUUGCUGGAACUAUCCUCAUCGGUGCGGAUGGGCCUCGCUCGAAGGUCCGUGAGUUUGCCAUGGGAUCGGCCGAAAAGGCGGCUGUUAGCCGCUUCCCUAUUUUUCAUACUAACAUGACUGUUACCUACAACGAUGCCGAGAAAGCUAGAUAUGUGAGGCAGCGUUUUCCGACGAGUUAUCUGGCUUUGAGUGAUAGGUCGUAUCAUGCAUUCCAAUCUAUCUCGAGCAUGCCUGAUGGUCCCGAUCACCCUGAAUCUUGGAUAUUUCAUUUGGCUAUGGCCUGGUUCAUGGACCACGGUCAACCUGCAACUUACCGCGAAAGACUAGAUAUGAUCCGCGAGAAAGCCCAGAGUCUCGCUGAGCCAGCUCGGUCCUCGUUCACUUGGAUCCCGGAUGAUACGCAGGUCCAUAAAGCUGAUAUCAGCUACUGGGUUACUCAGCCUUGGGAUAAUCGACAGGGAAGAUUGACGUUGGUUGGGGAUGCGGCGCAUCCGAUGCCGCCGUACAGAGGACAGGGUCUCAAUCACUGCAUAUGUGAUACAUCUCAUCUUUUGGCUGGUAUUCAGAAGGUAGUGGCUGGGACUGCUACUCUGCAGGAGGCGAUCACUGCGUACGAAGCAGAGAUGAUUCCCCGCGGUCACGAUGAAGUCAAGUGCUCAGUAGAAAACGGGUAUAUGCUGCAUGAUUGGGAACAGGUCCGUGAGAGUCCUGUUUUUCGACAAGGCUUCCGGCCUAUGAGUGGGCACGAUCGUGGUACUACGAUUGAUACUUAUGCUGUUUACGUCCCAUUGUAUCGCGCCUCCGAUGGUAAUAUUCGACAACACAAAGGACGGGGAUAUAUCAGCAAAGCCACGUGCGCCAUUCCCAGAUAUGGGAACCUGGGCACCCACAGGGCAUGUGUCGUGAUACCCGAGCUAGCCCGUAAGGCUGACAGCCUUUCUAUGGGAAGACAUCCCUCAGGCUGUUGGAGACGCUCACGUUUGCUGAAAUGUAACUCCAACGCUUUGUGCCAUUCCUCCUACCGCAAUUCAUCGGUACUGUAUUUAACGAUGGCCUCUGAACGCCUCUACGCCUUGACAAUUUACGGCUACCGCAAGCCAGGUAUGCCUGAGGAUGAGUAUCAUUGUUAUCUAAGUGAUCACCAUGCUGUUUUGGUGAGAAACCAUCUCGUGAAGAUGGGUAUUGUCAGAUACACUCUGACGCACAACACGUCCGAGACAAAAGAGAUGAUGAAGCGUAUUUUUGGAAACCUUCCAGAGGGCCAUACUUCUGAUUGCGACUGCUUGGCCCAGAUUAUCUUUCGUGAUGUGGAGGAUUAUGUCCGCGCUCGGAAUGACCCCUACUACAAGGAAGUCAUUUUUCCCGAUCAUGAGAAUUUUGCCGACUCAAACAGAACUCAGUUUGUGACUGGCUGGGUGGAGUGCCAUAUUGUUGAUGGGAAGAUAGUCUAG